AUGGAUGAUACGAAAAAGCGACGACAAAAAGCGGAAACAAAACGGGCCGAAAGGAAGCAUGCUUGUCCAAAUUGUGCGGCGAGAUUUCCGUUCCCAAACAAACUGAGACUACACAUCAAAUCACAUCAUUCGUGUAAGUCUACGAAUUAUUCAUGCUAUACCUUAUUAUUCGCUGUAGUUUUUGGACAUUUAAGGGAAUUCCGCUAUGAUUUGCAGUGGAAUAUCAAUGUGGUACCUCGAUAUUUGGAAGAUGUCAAUUUUGCAUUGCAACACUUAAAAAUUACAUUAUUUUUUGGCUAUAUCUUAUUAUUCGCUGUAGUUUCUCGACAUUUAAGGGAAUUCCGCUAUGAUUUGCAAUGGAAUAUCAAUGUUGUACCUCGAUAUUUGGAAGAUGUCAAUGUUUUGCGCCACAACACUUAA